AUGCACAGGAAGUUCCAGGCCACAGGCCAUGACCUCCACUCUCUUCUCUUUUCCUUCCUGGACGAACUCCUCUUCGUAUUCAACACCGAAUUCUUUGUCUGCCAGACCCUGAGCAUCACCAGUCUGGACCUGGAGGGCUUCACACUGGAGGCCGAAGGGCGGGGCGACACCUUUGACCGUGCACGGCAUGCUGCGGGCACGGAGAUCAAAGCCAUCACAUACUCUGCCAUGGAGGUGGUGCAGAAUGCAGAGCGCACCGAUGUUUACGUUAUCGUGGACAUCUGA